AUGGCACAUGUUAUCGAGGUACCGGGCGAGACCAACCCGCUGAGUCCUCCGAAUGUCCUCAAUGCCCUGGUGCUUGCGGCAAGCUCCACUCAGCAGCAGGUGCAGACAGGCACGCAGCAGCUUCAAAACUGGGAGAAACAGGCGCUGUACCAUUCCUUUCUCCAGGACGUCUUUCUUGACCAUUCAGUUCCCGCCGAAGUUCGAUAUCUCGCCAUCAUCCAGCUGAAGAAUGGAAUCGAUAAGCACUGGCGUAAGACCGCAACCAAUGCGAUCAAAAAGGAAGAAAAGGACCGCAUUAAGACAAGGGCCUUGGAGGCGGGUGUUGUUGAGCCGGCUCCCCUGCUCGCCCUCCACAACUCGUUGAUGAUCGCCAAAAUCAUGCGCUAUGAAUUUCCUCAAGACUGGCCCGAUGCCAUUUCUGCGGUCAUUUCCUUCCUUCGUUCAUCCACUCAGCCCGGUGCCAACCCACUCCAACUCCCUCGAACACUCCUCAUCCUACUACAAAUUAUCAAAGAACUGUCGACGGCACGGAUUCAGCGGACGAAGGCAAAUCUCCAGUCUGUGUCACCGGAGAUCUUCCAUUUGCUUGGCAGGAUCUAUGUGGAGAAGGUCAACGGAUGGGUUGUGAUGCUGGAACAUGGCGGGGCAGAUGAAGGGUCGCUGCUGGAGACGAUUGAACAGAGUCUGGUUUCGUUAAAGGUCAUUCGACGGCUGAUCAUUGCUGGCUUCGAGCAUCCAAGUCGCGACCAGGAAGUGCAGAAGUUUUGGGUAUUGACCCAUGCGCACUUUAGUAACUUUCUCUCCCUUGUUGAGAGCUCUGGAAACCUCCUUGAACAUGUCCAGCGAGCCAUUGAAAAGCACCUUCUGCAGAUGUCGAAGCUGCAUGUUGAGAUGGCCCGGACUCAUCCCGCGUCCUUUGCCCUCCUGCCAGACAGUAUUACUCUCGUGAACUCGUACUGGACACUGGUCGUUAAGCUUGGUGAGAAAUAUGACAGUCUCGGCGCAGGUGGGGAGUCGGAAGGGAAAUCCUUGACUGAGAAGACGGGUCUUCGAGCCCUGCUUUUGAUCAGAGCUUGUGCGAGAAUGGCAUUCAACCCGGUCCAAACCUUCAAAUAUCAGACCCCGCACGACAAGGAGGAGCGGAAGCAAGCUGUUGAGCUCGUCAAGACUCAGUUGUUUACGCAGGGCUUUGUGGUUAGCGUCAUGGAACUGCUGGUUACGCAGUUCUUCAGAUUCCGGAAGGUCGACUUUCAAGAAUGGGAAGAGGAGCCCGAGGAUUGGGAGAAGCGCGAAGAUGAAAAUGCCGAAGCUUGGGAGUUCUCUAUUCGGUCAUGCUCCGAGAAGCUCUUCCUAGACCUGGUCAUCCACUUCAAGGAUCUCCUCAUUCCCCGGCUACUAACCGUGUUUUAUUCAUUUGCAACCCCCGAAAACAGGGAUGUCCUUCUGAAGGAUUCCCUGUACUCCGCGAUUGGCUUGGCCUCGGCUAGUUUGGAGCAACAUCUGGAUUUCAAUGCUUUCCUGGUGGGGACCAUGGUUCCCGAGGUUCAGAUUCAAGAGCAAGAAUACAAACUGCUGAGAAGGCGAAUUGCGCUUGUCCUCGGUCAGUGGGUCCCUGUCAAGCCAGACGAAUUGAACCGGGAUGCCACCUACCAGAUCUUCCAGCACCUGCUCAACAAACAAGACCCCUUGAAUGAUCUGGUGGUCCGAAUCACUGCUGGGCGGCAACUCCGCAAUGUACUCGAGCCCUAUGAAUUCUCGCCGGAAGGAUUUAUGGCGUUUGCGCCGUCCAUUCUCGAAAAUCUCAUGUCCCUCGUUCAGGAGGUUGAGACAUCCGACACAAAAAUGGGGCUGCUGGAAACAGUCCGCGUGCUUGUAGUCAAGAUGGAGGACCGUAUUUCCCCUUUCUCCGACCAAAUCCUUUCAUUGCUUCCUCCAUUGUGGGAGCAUUCUGGGGAGGAACAUUUAAUGAAGCAGGCCAUUCUCACCCUGCUGUCGUCCCUUAUCAGUUCACUCAAGCAGGAAUCCGUGAGAUAUCACUCGCUCAUUCUCCCACUGAUUCAGAGCUCAGUAGAGCCUGGUUCUGAAACCAUUGUAUACCUGCUGGAUGAGGCAUUAGACCUUUGGUCUGCCAUCAUGGUGCAAACCCCGGCACCCGCUUCUCCGGAAAUUCUAUCUCUUCUCCCAUCCCUAUUCCCAAUUCUCGAGCAAGGCACCGAUAGUGCCCCACAAGCUCUUCACAUCGUGGAAUCUUACAUUCUCCUCGCGCCGCAGGAGGUUCUUAGUGACCGGAACCGCUUCCAAUUAUUGGUCUCUUUCGAGGCACUCCUCCAAUCGACCACAAAGCAACGAAUUGGAGUAAUCCCCAGGCUGGUAGAGACGAUGAUCCGCGGCGCUGAGGCCGUCGAUGGCGGUAGCGAGUCUACAUAUCAUGUUAUCUCCCGGUCCUUGCUGGAUAGCUCCUUCCUCUGCGCUCUCCUCGAGGGCCUGUACUCCGCCCACGAAGCCAGCCAAACAACCGGACCAAACAGGAAAAUCUCGUCCGUGGUCGGCGUCGUAGAAACCGACUAUUUCUCCGUACUGGCACGCCUGGCCCUCGCGAACCCCACCAUCUUCGCAUCUGCCGUCGCCGCUGCAACCAAUUCCACCGAAGAACAUUGCCUCACCUGGCUUCUCACCGAGUGGUUCCUGCAUUACGACAACAUCGGCAGUGUCAACCAGAAGAAACUCCACGCCCUGGGUCUAACCCAACUCCUUGCCCUACAAGGACCAGCCACUAACCCCUCACACCCGCCUCCGCCGCCUUCUUAUAUCCUCGCCCACCUCCAAUCCUACCUGACCAUGUGGACCGACCUCAUUACUGAACUGGCCGAUGGCAGUUCAGACCCCAAUGCUGAUUACUUGGUUUAUUGGAAUGCCCCCACCGGCUCUGUAACCGCUGUUCCCGAACAGUCUAGCGAGGCCGAGCAGCCCGAGGCCCAGCGUCGCUCCGAGUGGCAGUCUGCCGAUGCCAUCCACCGCUAUCCAAUCCGCGACUUUGUGCGUCACCGACUACAGGAACUGAUUGUUGCCUGUGGGGGUGCGCAGCGGUUCCAGGAGGAGUGGUUGGUCAAUGUCGAUACGGAGGUAGUGUCGGCGUUUGGGGCUUUGGGGCUACUCUAG